AAUAUAUGGCAUAUUUUAGGUUCUCAAAUCGUGCGAAACACUAUCAUCUAAGGCUGACAUUUUGUGUAAAAUGUCAGACUAUCAAAGUGCUAAGCAAGUUUUGCUGAAAGCUUGGAAAAUGAAGACGCCUGAUGAAGAGGAGAGAGAAAAUAUUGAGUCUAAUCUUAAAGUUGUUGCGGCUAUGUGCUACACAGAGGAUCUUCUUAUAUCUACCGAUCCUAAUGAUCAUGGGGCAUUUAAAAAAUUAUAUGAGAAAUUAGGGGAUGGUGCAUGUCAUCUUCGGAACUUCGCUGGAGCUGUUGAAUACUAUCUUAAGAUGUUGGACCACGCUGAAUUGGCUGGUGAUUGUGGGAAAACUCUAAUACCCAUUUAUGUCAGUUUAUACCAGACAUACAAAGACAUGGGCCGCUAUAAUGAGGCUUUGCAUUAUUAUGAGAAAGAAUAUGAACUGAUAAGGGAUGUUCCCAAAGAGGCCUACACCACUCUAUGCAAUAUAGCUGAAGUAUUGUUCUUAGCGAAGAAAUCAUAUGAACAAGUGGAAAAAGCUUGCUUGGAUGCUAGGAAUGCUGCAAAAGAAUGGAAUAAAAGAAAGUAUGAAGUGAGAAUUUUAAAGAAUCUGGUUAAAUAUCAAGAGGAGUAUGAUGAGACGGACAAGAUGGAAAGUACCAAGAAUGAAUUGAGAAUGUUAGGUUAUGAUGAUUUCGAUAAUUUGGAAAAUUCUGAAGAUGAACAAAGUUCGGCUGGCGCAUGCGAUGAGGAUACCACACACAUUGGCGACGAUAUAUGUCUUGAUGACCUCACAGAUUUAUCGGAUACCAAUGAAGAAAAUGUAACGGAAACCACACGCGAAACCCGAAAAAGAGGUAAAGGUUAUGCCAUCAAAAAGAAUAUGAAAGGUGAAACACAACUGCAUGUGGCAUGUAUAUCUGGCAACAAAUUGUUAGUAGAAAGGUUAAUAGCUAAAGGUCACCCCGUAAAUGUAAGAGACAAUGCAGGCUGGAUGCCUUUACAUGAAGCAUGUAUACAUGGACAUAUUGAAAUAGCGAAUAUUUUAAUCAAUAACGGUGGUACUGUGAAUGACAGGGGUGGGUCGAACUGUGAUGGUAUAACCCCAUUAUAUGACGCAGCUAGCAAUGGUCAUUUAGAAGUGGUACAAUUGUUACUAGAUAAAGGUGCUUUGCCAACCCUUAAAACUGACUUUGGUGAGACACCAUUGGAUGUCUUGCAAAAAUGGCGUACUGGAACUAUAUUAAUAAAAGAAGAAGAGACAUUAUAUAACAACAUAUGCAAUAAAAUAAAUAAUUUGAUUGACAAGACUAACACAACAGAUUACAGUAGAACAGACCAAAUUCCUAAUAGAUCUAAAUCAAAGACCCCUGUGAAGCCAAUUAUUAAUAACACUCCACCUAGCACGUCAAAAAUGACAAGUAGGAUAAGAGAAUUAGAAUCACCUAUAUUUAAAAGACGAAAUAUUAUUGAUGACGAUAGUGAUGAUGAUAUAAAUUUAUCACAAAAUAUUAGAAAUCAAACUGCAUUUCCAUCAGAUGAUUCAAAUGAUUCUUUUGAUGAUUCUAAAACAAAGAAAAGCAAAAGUGCAGCUUCGGGUGUAAUAGAGUAUAGAAACGCAAUAUCAGCAUUAAGAAAUAGAACUACUGAUGAAUUACCAGAGGUUGAUAUAAUAAAAUCAAAACCUAAACCAGCACUUUUGGGCCCUGAUGAUGUUGAUGACGAUUGGCUCGAUGAUGAUUUAGGUGUGAGUAAGGGAAAAAAAAGAAAACUUAGUGACCCUUUGACUGUUGUAGCCAAAAAACCAUCUUAUGAAAGUAUAAAGGACAAUAUUGAUAAAAUAAAUAAGAUUGAGCCUCUUGUAGAAAACAAUAAGAGUAAUAAACAAAAUAAAUUGCGAAUUAGUAAUGUAAUAGAUAUAAAUGAAAAUAGUUCUGACUCUGAUAGUUUUAGAAAUGAGAAUGUUAGCCCUAAAAAACGUGAUGUUGGCUCUAUGAGAAAUAUAAGAAAUGAAUUAAAUGAUUCUAAGUCUAAAGAUAGUAGAGAGAAUAUGAAGCGGCGUUGGAAGACUCAAAGCACUCUAUUGAAAGCUGGUUUUCAAAGAAAGAGGGAUGCUGAUCAGUCAAGUAAUAGUGGGAGUGAUAAUGAAAUGACUAGAAACAUAAGAGUUAAUAGAUGCGAGAUACCUACUGUUUCCUUUUCAAGAAAAUCUUCUGGAGAGAAUUUCAACAAUGAUAAUUUUAAUAUUGUGCAAAACAUAAACCCUAACAUUGUUCAGCCAAUGAAUGUGAUACAACCGAUAAGUAUUGUUCAAUCGUCUAAAAAUGGUCGGCCAAUACAAACGCAGAUAUUACCUCCUGCUGCUGUAAAGGUACAGGUGGAAGAUAAAGUGUUACUAAUAUCAUUGAAAUUGGACACUAUAAAUAAGCUAACAAUCAGCUGGCUGGUUGACGAAGUGAAAUCUAGAUAUUAUAAAUUGACAGGCGUCCGACCAGUAUUUAGCCUGAUGACUUCUGACGGCGCUAUACUGUCAGAGGACGACCCAUUAAGCCUAGUGUUGGCAUCACCAGAACUGAAAACUUGUAUCACCAACUGGAAGGCGUCGCCCGCUGAAGAGAGGUACUUGGAGUGCUGCGACGCUUUGGGAAUAUCACCAUCUGAAGAAAUCCAACAGGCCGUCGGCAGAAGUCACACCACCCAUCGACUCGCACUCGGCGCCAGAACACUAUCAUCCUUACAAAUAAGGCCAUUGUUUCGCGCCAUGACCCAUCAAACACACAUCACAGCUGUCAUGAUUUCUGAUAAUAACUUAGGAGACGAUGGCGUCAAAUAUUUAGCUGAAAGUAUAUGUACAAUGAAGCAGUUAUCCAUUUUAGAUAUUAGCAUAAACAAUAUCACCGCCGACGGGACAAAACACCUGUUAAAUAUUUUCGAAAAGUCCACAAGACCUGUAUGUCAAACGUUAGAAGAAUUAGACUUAAGUGGCAACCCAAUAUCGGAUUAUGGCUUCAGAAAUGUAGUGAAAUUAUGCCAAUAUGUACGAUUAAAAGUACUUAAAAUAAAUAAUUGUAGAAUAACAGAGAACUCUAUAAAUGAAACUGUUAAAUCUAAUAUGAGUUUUGAUAGUUUAGAAUCGAUUGAUAUAAGUAAUAAUGAGGUGAAACAAGUAAUGAUCAGUUGCCUUGUGACGUCACUGAAUCCCAAUUUACUAACGGAUUUGGAACUGGACAAUAUAAGCGUGGAAGGCAGUGUGGUAGGGUGCCUAGCUACUUUCAUGGAUUCAGCUAAAGAUCUGAAGAUACGGCGAUUUAGUUUGUCCAACUGUAAAUUAGUUGAUGGACAGUUCAUGAGAAUAUUCAGAUCUCUGGGCCGCGCCAAGCACUUACAGUCCAUAACGCUAAAGAACAACUUUCUGACAUUUAUCACCUUGAAGAAAUUGUUACAACGCCAGCCUCCAGUGCCUCAGAUCAAUUUAGAUGGCUGUCAAGACAUAUUCAAGUACUCACCUGACUCGGACUUCCAUGUUUGGUUACCAGCUAUAGACUUUGGGAGAUGUAUUCCUGAGAUUAACCUUACACCUGUCUCAAAAACUGACGCAGAAAGAGAGAGCUUCAAGGCUUUUUCUAAAACAUGGCUGAACUGUUUUAAAGGAAGAGGCGUCAUAGAACAUUGCGACAGAGGUGUAAUUAAGUUCACUGCUAAAUGAAACUGUGCCUUAGUGUAAUAUGAAUUAGGUGUAUAAUUUGUUUGUAUGCAUAGGAAUGAAAUCAUUGACAUUGAUAAUAACUGUUUAUAUUUUUUUAUAUUUAUACUUUAUAAAAACGAAUUAAUAGUUUAUUAGUUUAUUUCGUUCAUAAAACGUUUCAGUUGAUAUUGGGCGCUUUUAUUCUUUACCAUGCACGAUUUAUCAUGAACUUACACGUUAUUAUCGUACAAAUGAACGCUUAUACUUUACCACGGACGUCCACGAUAUCGUGGAGUGCCGACGUAUUUUUUUAUUAUUAUAUAUAACUUAAUUUGUAUACUUAGGUAAAAUCUAGCAAUCUAAAUUAGGACCAAUUCUUCUUAACCGAUUAUGCUGUAAUAUUGCCGUUACAAGAUGAAGUAUUGUAUAUAUUUUAUUAACCUUGUUAAAAUGGUUAUCAAAAUAAAUUACAUGUUAAGCAUUAAGUCCGACAUGUACACAUAUUUGUACUAAUAAAUAAAUAAAUAAAUGUUUACAAAUGGCCGCAGCCACAAAAUGGCGUAUUACCAUUAUAGACUUAUUAAAGUUUUCUCUACCACAAAGUGUCAGUAAAGUAAAAAUGGUGAUGAUUAUUUUUUAUAGUUUUGUAAUAUACAAAUAAAUAUAUGAACAGCUUUAAAUAUUUGUUUCUAAAUAAUUUUGUGUUUUUUUUUAAUGGAUGAUAAUGGAAUGGUAACCCCGCCUGCGCUAACGGGGCUAUACGCUGGCGGGGCACCAAUGAUAGAUGAUAGGUGAGGAUGUAAAGGCAGGUCAGUUAGUCCAUCGUGAUGAAUACACUUGGGAUUCAGCACGAUGGUUUCCGGGGAGACCACGGGGAGGGUGACCUGUUAGGGUAUAUUAUUAGCAAUGGAACUGAUAAUCCGCAUUACUAACAAUCCCUUCUCCCCCAAUUUUACUUAACUUGCGAAUUUAACUUACUACUUUUGAGUUUUCUAAAUUCUAAUCUUAAACUUUAAUCCUAAACGCUAAUCCUAAACUCUAAUCCUAAACUUUAAUCCUAAACUCUAAUCCAAAACUC